AUGUCGUUGACGACAUCUGCGGCCACCGCCUUACUUACAGUCCUUGCCGAUGGCUCCGAGGACGGUGAUCGAGAACGCCAUUGGGAAGACCAGACAAAGGGGUCUCGCGAUUUGUACACUCAAUUUGUGCUCAGUGUCGCCCUGGGCUUAGGCGCUUUCGUGUCGUUCUGCGUCCUGCGACCUAAAUGGACGGAGCUAUAUGCUGCCCGGAGGAGACAACGUUGCGCCGCUUCGAGGCUACCGGAGCUUCCGGACAGCUUUUUUGGAUGGAUCCCGGUCCUGUACCGGAUCACGGAAGAGGAAGUUUUGCACUCUGCAGGCCUGGACGCAUACGUGUUUCUCUCUUUCUUCAAAUUUUCUAUUCGAUUACUGCUAUCAAUCUUUGUCUUCGCGGUCACGAUUAUCCUCCCACUCCACUACAAGUACACUGGCAAGUACGGCCCUCCGGGCUGGGAUGAUGUUGCCCCGCCCGGUAAUCAGUCCAUGAGUGCAAUUGGACUGCUGGGGAACAACAAGGACAAUGACAAACUUGUGACUGACCCUGGAUACAUAUGGAUUUACGUAUUUUUCCCCUACAUUUUUAGCGGCUUGGCCAUCUACUUGCUCCUCCAAGAAACGAAUAAUAUUAUUCGCACCCGACAAACUUAUCUCGGGAAUCAAACCACUACCACCGACCGCACAAUUCGUUUUUCAGGAAUACCCCAGGACUUGACAACGGAAGAGAAGAUCAAAGACUUUGUGGAGGGUUUGCAAGUGGGCAAGGUAGAGACCGUCACUUUAUGCCGAAACUGGCGUGAGCUGGACCACCUCAUGGAUGAACGGAUGCGCAUUAUGCGGGAGCUGGAACGAGCUUGGACCAAGCACCUUGGAUACAAGCGCCCACGAAGUGAUGGGAAUACAUUGCCCCUGACGCAUCAGCCUCAAUACACCAGAAACCACUCACAUCUGGAAGAGGAUGAUGAAAGGUCUGAGUUGCUACCGGGAGCCGAGCAGAAUCAUGUUUCUGGAUAUUUCCAUGGGCGCCCCCAAGUCCGUGUGUGGUACGGCCCUUUCAAAAUGCGGUUCCGCAUGAUUGACGCGAUCGACUACUUCGAGGAGAAGUUGCGGAAAAUCGACGAACAGAUUAACUCUGCGCGAGAGAAGGACUACCCCCCUACAGAGAUUGCUUUUGUGACUAUGGAAUCCAUCGCGGCUUCUCAAAUGCUUGUCCAGGCAACCCUUGACCCACAUCCUAUGCAGAUGUUCGCUCGGCUUGCUCCUGCACCUGCAGAUGUUGUUUGGAAGAACACAUACCUUUCUCGUUCUCGACGGAUGACACAGUCCUGGCUCAUCACGCUGGCGAUUGGAUUCCUCACUGUCUUCUGGUCGGUUCUUCUGCUUCCAAUCGCGACUUUGUUGCAACUGGGCACCUUGCACAAGAUUGUGCCUUCGCUAGCGGAAGCAUUGGCCAUGCACCCCAUCUUAAAAUCUUUGGUUUCGACCGCUCUGCCAACCUUGGCAUUCUCUCUCUUGACGGUCGCUGUCCCAUAUCUAUAUGAGUGGCUCUCCAACAAUCAAGGCAUGAUGUCUCGCGGCGAUAUCGAGCUCUCUAUCAUUUCGAAGAAUUUCUUCUUUUCGUUUUUUAACCUCUUCCUCCUUUUCACCGUUUUUGGUACUGCGACUGGAUUCUACAGUUUUUGGGAGCACCUGCGCGAUGCAUUCAAAGAUGCCACCACGAUUGCCUUUGCUCUUGCCACCUCCCUGGAGGGCUUUUCGCCGUUCUACAUCAACCUUCUGGUUCUUCAAGGAUUGGGCCUAUUCCCCUUUCGACUGUUGGAAUUUGGCAGCGUUGCAUUAUAUCCCUUGCACUUCUUCAGAGCUCGGACUCCCCGGGAAUUCGCGGAGCUGUCCACCCCUCCUAAGUUCAGCUACGGUUUCUCGAUCCCACAAACCAUCUUGGCUUUGAUCAUUUGUAUCGUCUAUAGCGUCUUCCCGAGCUCAUGGUUGAUAUGCUUGGUUGGCUUGGUCUACUUCUCGAUCGGCCAGUUUAUCUACAAGUACCAGCUCUUGUACGCUAUGGACCACCAGCAACAUUCGACCGGCCGCGCGUGGCCGAUGAUUUGUAACCGGCUAUUCCUCGGGCUGGUUGUUUAUCACUUGGCCAUGAUCGGCGUGCUCGCCUUGCGUGGUGCCAUCACUAGGUCGUUGCUGCUUGUUCCUCUGCUUGGCUUCACCGUGUGGUUUUCUUAUUGGUUUUCAAGAACAUAUGAGCCAUUGAUGAAGUUCAUCGCUCUUAAAAGCAUCAAUCGUGACCAGCCUGGUGGCGGCGAUAUCUCUCCUUCGCCGUCGUCCACUCUCUCACCAUCCUCUGGCAUGGACCGGGAUGCCCUUCCCAUCCGGAUUGGCAGCCAUGAGUUUGGGUUGCGACUGAAGAAAUACGUCAACCCGAGCCUCAUUCUACCUCUGCAUGAUGCCUGGAUUCCCGGUCGCAGCCUUCCCUAUGCCAAUGGAGCUUCUCCCGCCGGACAGGAUGAACUCGCGAACAAUGCUUCUGCUUGA